AUGUUCCCUAGACCACCACCAAGAAAUAUUUCGAAGUCCACCAUGCUCAUAAUUGGUGGCGGCCUUCUUGGAUGUGGUGCCGUUGAAAUGCUUUUCAGUUCAGAAACAUUCCAAGCAAAAGCACUUAUCCCGCUAAUUAACAAUUACUUGGAUGCGGAAUCUUCUCACGAUCUCGCCAUUCGAAUGGCAUCCUGGGGCCUAUUUCCACGUUUUGGCACAAGUCGGAAAGAAUAUCCUGAGCUGAACUGUGAGUUUCUUGGAAAACCGAUUAGAAAUCCAAUUGGCUUGGCCGCUGGUUUCGACAAAAACGGCGAAGCGAUUCGCUCGUUGGCUGAGAUGUCAGGCUUUGGAAUAAUCGAAAUAGGCUCCAUCACUCCUAUUCCGCAAAAAGGUAACCAUCGACCUCGAGUGUUUCGUCUCAAAGAAGAUGAGGGAAUAAUUAGUCGCAGUGGUUUCAACAACGAUGGUGUUGGAAAAGUGCAGCAACGGGUAAAAGAGGCUCGAAGCGAUUGGAUGGACGACUUUGCCAUGUUCGGCGUCAAUUUGGGCAAUAACAUGCUCACAGACGACGCAAAGAUAGACUACGAGAUCGGUGUCAACUACUUUGCUACCUAUAGUGAUUACAUCGUUCUCAACAUUUCUACACCAAACAGUCUGAACUUACGCUCUCUACUGAAGAAAUGUGAGUUACACAAGUUGCUGAUGUACGUAAAACGUACAAUAGACGUAAUGGCGCUGGAAUCUCGUCCAAAAGUUCUUCUGAAGAUUCCGCCAGAUCUAACGGAAGAGGAGAAGAAAAACAUUGCGAAGAUAAUUCUGGAUUCGAAGUAUGGCAUCGAUGCCUUGGUUGUCUCCAGUGCAACUACAAAUCGACCAAAUACUCUCAAAAGUGAAAAUAAAGCAGAAGCCGGUGAACUCAGUGGCGCUCCAUUACGCCACAUCAGUACAGAAUGUGUUCGUGAAAUGUACAGGUUGACUGAAGGUCGAGUUCCAAUCGUGGGAUGUGGUGGUGUCCUGAGCGGUGCUGAUGCGUACGAGAAAAUCCGAGCAGGAGCCUCGGUAGUUCAACUCUACUCAGCAAUUGCUUUCUAUGGAUUCCCAGUAGUUGGAAAGAUGAAGCGGGAAUUGGUAGAGCUGCUCUUGAGGGACGGGUACACGAAUGUAAGUCAAGCUGUCGGCGCAGACCAACGGGUGUGA